GGUAGUAAAUUAAAUUGUAUAAUAAUAAAGUAAAAAGCAUCUGACCAUGCAGCCCCAACCUUUCCUUCUUACCACUGGCCUCAUCGAUAUCAUCAGCUCCAUUAUUAACUUCCAUGGUGUGUUAGAGAUUUACUGAUAUCAAUGAUGGGGAGGAUAAUUAGGAAGAAAGGUGUGAAGCCAUACGCGGCGGUGGUGGUUAUGCAGUGCAGCUAUGCAGGCAUGAUUUUGCUGUCCAAGGCCGCCAUGACCGCCGGAAUGAAGCCGCCGGUGUUCGUCGCCUACCGCCAGGCUUUCGCCGCCGCCGCCCUGCUCCCCUUCUUCGCUUUCUUUCUCUUCAAGAGCAGCAAGGAGUCUCCUCCUCCUCCUCCUCUUACUUGGACUGGGGUCUUCAAGAUUUUCUUCAUUGCUUCAUACGGGCUGGCAUUGAGCUUGAAUUUGAACUUAGCUGGGCUGGAGUAUAUAUCUGCAACAUUUGGGACAGCCAUACUCAGCAUUGUUCCUGCUUUGGUCUUCAUCUUCUCCGUUUGUUUAAGGAUUGAAGGGCUGACUAUAAGUGAAUGUCAUGGAUUAGCCAAGACUGUUGGUGCCAUUCUUGGCCUCUCAGGAGCUAUGGCCUUCACCUUCUACAAAGGCCCCCCUUUAUUCUCCACCCACCGUCACCAUCUCCAAAUUUCUUCUGUUCAUCAGAAAAGGACAAAUGAUCACACCAAACAAGAUUGGAUAAAGGGUUCCAUUCUCGCCAUUGUUGCACAGCUCUUCUAUUCCAUGUGGCUAACCAUGCAGGCUCCACUUCUGAAACAAUAUCCAGGUAAAUUGAGGCUAACCCUUCUCCAAUGUGUAUUCAGUUGCAUCACUGCAACAAUCUACAGUGCAGCAGUGGAAAGACAUAUCUCCUCAUGGAAGCUCCAAUGGGACAUCAAUCUUUUAUCAGUAGCUUAUUGCGGCGUAAUCGUGACAGGGAUAAGCUAUUGGUUGCAAGCCUGGGUGAUAGAGAAAAAAGGGCCUGUCUUCAGCGCCAUGUUUGGUCCACUCGCACUCAUAUUAGCUGCCAUUUUCUCUGCACUUUUCCUCAACGAAACUCUUCACUGGGGAAGUGUUUUGGGUUGUGGGCUAUUGAUUGUUGGGCUAUACAGUUUUCUUUGGGGUAGAAAUAAAGAAGCCCAAACAUCCGGCCCAAAAGAAGUAUUGGAGGCCCAAUUUGAGAGCUUCUCUACAUCUGUAGCAGCUGAUGAAGAACAGUGUCGGAAACAAGCACCCAGCGCUUAAUUACUCAUAUAUGUAUAUAUAUAUUUUUUGUAAUUCUUAUAGCGAUAUUAGAUAACAGGCCUUUGUUUGGUUGGGGAGUUUGGAUCUGAGUCUUGGAUUAUAUAUAUAUAUGUAUAUUUGUUACUAAGAUAAUAGGAUAAAAAGUUCUUUAGAUAGCUAAAGACGACAAACGGCGCAAUGAUACAAUUAUAUAAUGAUAUAUAUAUAUAUGUACGUAUUUUUAAAAAUAAAAAAGUUCUAAAGAGUACCGA